UAUGUUGUGUAGCUGUCAGUCACUUUUCAGUUCAGCUUUUCUUUCAGUUGAGAAGUAAUUUAAUAUUUCUUGUGAGUUUCAGUAACUUCUAAAUAUCGAUAUUAAAGACUUAACUAAUAGUUUAGUGUUGUUAGUGAAAAUGUCGGACUAUGCCACUCAUUUCCCACCCCAAACAUACUCUUCAUCCUUUUAUAUAAAUUCAUUGGCAGAGGGUGAUAAAACUACCCUCGUCAUUGAUUCUGAUGAUGAAGAUGACAAUCCGAGUGAGAUGCAGGUUAAGAAUUCUCCUUUACUCGAUUGCUUCAUUUCAACGAUGCCAAAAGAAGCCGUCCUCUUUUGCUUAGCAUUGCUAAGCUGUGUGGCUAGUCAAUCACCAACUACACAAAACUUUGUAACUCAACUUGCAGAAUCUGUAACUUCAGCAAUGAAUGAAACGAAAGAAUGCUUUGAAGACAAAUCUGCUAAAAUUAGAACUUUUUCAAGCCUUAACGAAUAUCAGGGUAAUCGUGCCAGUUUUGAUCCUCGCCAACCUACGUAUCAGGGAAACAUCGUCAACUUCAGUUGCAACACAAUCGAAAGUCUUCCGAAAAACAGUUUUAUUAGUUUUGGCUCUAACAGCAUUAUGAAGAUCGAUCUCCAUGAUAAGGAAAUUAGUGAGAUAGAACCUGGAGCAUUUUCAGAAUUAUUUUGCCUCCAGGAACUUAACUUAAGCCAUAACAACUUAACAAAUUUGUCAGAAGGUAGCUUUGAGGGGUUGAACAGUCUGGUGCAAUUAGAUCUUAGCUUCAACAGUUUACAAGAAAUUCCGGACAACGGCUUAACUUUUAUUGAGUUAAAGACUCUGAGAGUGCUCGAUUUGUCUCAUAAUGAAAUCAAGUCUUUAAAUCAACUCUCGUUCAUGACUUUGGAUGCUUUAGAAAUACUCAGAAUUGGUCAUAAUAAGAUUAAAACUAUAGAUCCAAGAGUGUUUAACUAUCUGGGAGCUUUAAAACAGCUGUAUUUAAAUGACAAUUCUUUGGUUGAAACGUCAGCUGAACAAUGGAAGGGUCUUACUAAUCUGACCGAUUUGGAUUUAUCCAACAAUUAUUUAUCGUCCUUUGACAUGACAAGCAACUACAGUUUUGCUCAUAUAAGAAAUUUAAAUUUGAGUGGCAACACAUUGCAAUAUAUGAACAUCUUUGGAAUUAAGCAGACCUUUCCCAACUUACUUACUUUAGACCUUAGUAACAACAAUUGGUUUUGUCAAGAUCUAGAAGUUUUAAAACACGGCCUGCACGAUUCCAAAAUUAUUUUACCUACUCCUGUGGACUGUACAACGGAGAGUAGUACUGCUUCAACUUCUGUUAAAACUCCCAAAGUAGAGCCCGUACCAAACACUCAAAAUAAUGAAAUAGAAAAGAAGUAUGAACAGAUUCUCGAUCAACAUAAAAUGUUGAUGGAUUCUAAUGAACAGAUCUCUGCUGCAGUACAAGAUUUGAGGGGUAUUGUUAUAUUCCUGUUCAUAGUUAUUAUUUUGUGUGUUGUGGUAGAAGCUGGUAUGCGAUUAGGUAUUUGUAGAAGUUGGUACUACAGUCUUAUGGGCAGAACUAGUAGAGGUUACUUCGAUGCUAAUGAUUCGGAAAGUGUAGGGUUAAUACCUCGUUGAUCGAGGUCUUUAACUAAGUAAAUGACUUUAACUUGUUUUAAUUUAUUCAUUUAUUCAUAGUCAAUGUCUCUUUAACUUGUGAUAGGCUAUAAAUUGAUGAGGCUCUAUUGGAAAUUACCCUCUAAUCCAGACGAGAUCCGUUAAGGAUUAAUUUUAAGGAGUAGGACUUUCGAUUUUUAUAAAAAAAAACGUCCCCGCAAGGUUGUUUAUAACUAGAAUUUGGAUAUGCUCCAUGUAAAAAGUUGAAUAAAUACAUCAAUCAACGAUAAAAGUCAAGGAAGAGAUAUUUUAAGAGUAUUUUUUAGAAAAGGUUAAGGCAAGAAAAAUCUAAUUGUCAACAAUUUUACCUGUAUCCUUUUUUGUCGUAGCUUUUCAAGAUAUUGAGGUUAAAGGUUUGAAAAAAAUAUUUUCCGUUCUUAAACUUUUCUAUCAUCUUUUCUCCUGAAGCAUAUUCAAAUUGUAAUUUUAAACAACCUUACGAAGAUACUUCUAUAAAAGUCUAAAGUCUGAUUCAACAUAUUAGUCCAGGGCGCAUCUGUUUUGAGAUGGACGUUGAGAGGUGACUCAAAUUUUUUUGCAGAAAUUGCUUGAAAAUAACUCAAAUAAUAAUAUUUAAGUUUUCCUCCCACUCAAAAUGGUUCGGAACAUUGUUUAAAUAAUCAAAAUGUCAAAAUAUGAAGGAAAAAUUUGAUUUUUUUUUUGGUCUUUUGAUUAUAACUUUGUACUGACAUAAAAGUUGCGUAAUUAAAUUUCCUACAAUAUAGAAUUGGUUAAAAAUUUAAAAAAUAGUCACCCUUGUUGCAAAAUAGCAAUAAUUGCGAAAAAAAAAACAUAAAAAAACAAGUAUUCGCAUUUUACGCUUUUCAACCAUUUAUGCUACACUUAGGACCUUCAUAUUUAGCCAGAAAAACUUUAUGAUAUAGUAAAACAACGCUGUAAAUUUCAUUAAGAUCGGUUUAAUAGUUUUUGCAAAAUAUAUUUUGCAAUCCAGCUUUCGCAAAAAAAUUCAUUUUUUUUAAUGUUGCAGGACUGAAAAUAAAGCAAAUAUCAAGUUGAAUUUUUUUUUGCUUAUAGAAGUGUACUGUACCUUUCAUUUGCAAUUUGCAAAAUUAAAAUCGAUUAACUACCACGACGCCAGGAAAUUUUUUAAAUAAACAUUAAUUUUUGGUGGUACGCGCAGGACAGCGGUGUUCGAUUCACACAAGUUGAUUUCCACCAAAAUUUCUUCCAAUCUUUAUAUAAUAGAUUAUUUUCUUACUCUAUAUUUUGUUGUAUUUUAAUAUUUUAAUUCCACAAAAAUCAAACUAAUUUUAUUAUUGUUUGUGAAAUAUUGUUUAAACAAUUGCAUAUGUUUAAAAAUAAUAAACUUUUAUUCUGUAAGUUAAAAUAUAUGAACAAAGAAAGUUUUUGCUAAAAAAAGUGUUAAUUCAAAGGAUAGAGUAUGUUUUUAUUUUGCAAUAAACAAAUUUAUUUAUUUAUAUCGAAAUGUAAUAAAAAUUAAAAUGUAUCAAUCAUUAUCAAAGGUCAUUGGAAUGCCCAAUCAGAGCAAACUAUCCGCUGUCCUGCGCGUAGCACCAAUAAUUAAUUUUUAUUUAAAAAAAUUCCUGGCGCCGUGGUAGUUAAUCGAUUUUAAUUUUGCAAAUUGCAAAUGAAAGAUACAGUAUAGGUACUUCUAUACGCAAAAAAUUUAAAAUUGCUAUCUGCUUUAUUUUCAGUCCUGUAACAUUUUGAAAAAAUGAUUUUUUUUGCGAAGGCUGGAUUGCCAAAUUUGUUUUGCAAAAUCUAUUGAACCGAUCUUAACGAAAUUUACAGUAAGUGUAGCAUAAAUGGCUGAAAAACGUAAAAGGCGAAUACUUGUUUUUGUAUGUUUUUUUUCGUAAUGAUUGCUAUUUUCCAACAAGAGCGACUAUUUUUUAAAUUUUUAAGCAAUUCUAUGUUGUAGGAAAUUUAAUUACGCAACUUUUAUGUCAGUACAACUUUUCUCGAAAAUGAAAAAUUUUAAAGUUAUAAUCAAAGAAUGAAGAAAAAAAUCGAAUUUUUCCUUCAUUUUUUGACAUUUCGAUUAUUUAAACAAUGUUCCGGACCUUUUUGAGAGGGAGGAUAACUCAAAUAUUAUUAUUUGAGUUAUUUUCAAGCAAUUUCUGCAAAAAAAUUUGAGUCAUCUCUAAACGUCCAAAUGUACUAAUAUUUUUACAGAUGCGCCCUGGUCUAUAUCCCAACUUAGCUGUUUUUGUAGAUAUCCCGUCUGGACUACUAUCCCCAUCUGUUUCUAAUUUUGUUUUUAUAAUCACACUAGCCGAUCACAUUUUUUAGUGAUUAUUAUUAUCUUUGUUGUUUAAUGUUUAAUCAUUUUUUGCUCUCAAUUAUUCCAUUCAUCUAUUGUCAAUAUGUUGCCAAUAUUUUGUCAAUAUUUUACCAAUUUUGAAUACUCUGUAUAUUUUCGUUGGGAAAUUUGCUCCAUCUUCUGCACUGGGAGUUUGUCAUAUUUAUAUUUACACCAGUUAAUAGGGAAAAAAAUCAUCGAUUUCACGUAAAAAUGUUAAGUAGGGUUUUGAAGGUUUUAAGCGAUAUAUGAGGGAUAAAUAAUGAUAAUUCCGUGAAGACGUACAGCUAAAUUUUCUUCUUCUUUUUUUUAAACAGUUACAAAGAAUGAAAAACUCAGUUUUUUGACUAUAAAUCGUUUCUUGUGCAUUUUAGAGAAAAAUGUUUCAAAUAAAUAUUGUAGACCUUAAAAAAUUCUUUAAUUUGUUGGGACAAAUAUUGAAAUAUAUAAACAAUUGACCGAGAUAAUUGUAAAAAACUCUCAUUUUUGCACUAAUUUAUAAAUGUUAAUAACUGUAUUUUUUGCACAACGAUAUUUAAUUUAACUACUUCAGAAUAUGCCAAUUAAAGGGUUAUUUCAGUGUGCUAAAUUUCAACCAGAUUGACCAAAUAGUUUAUGAUUUAUUCAAUUUGUUUAUCCCAGAGAGCAAUUGUUUAAACAACUGUUCUUGCCCUAACAGUAACUCUAGAGAUAUUUUACAAAUCCCAAUCGAUUAUUUGAGAUUUUAAUUUUAAGAUGUAUUGAAAAUGUUUUAAGAUUUUAUCAAAAUUGUUAUUAAAAAAACUGUUUGAAAAAGACCCUACUUUUUAGGUUAUAAACAAUUGGAAUAACUUUGACAGUUUUUAUGAUACACGCUUGUAUGUAGGCUCACUGAAAAGCUGGUGAAAAAAUACACAUUAAAAUUGUAAAAAGAAUUUUAUAUGACCAAUAGAAAUUAAGUUAGAAUUAUUUUUUCAAUAAAUCAUAUUUCCAUUGUUUAUAAACAUUAAGAGCUGAAAAUUGAAUGAGUUGUUUAAGAAAAUCUAUAUUUUAUGACCCAUUUCAUAUAUUGCCUAUGCAGUGAAAAAAUAAAAAGUCAUGACCCGUUAAACUGAUGGUACUCCUGAAACACCGCCAACGAAUGUGAAGGUGAGAAUAGCUUUGUUUUAUUUUUUAGAAUGGAAUCCCAAUUUAAAACAAUUUACAAUUAAUUCAACUUUUAUGUGCAGAGCUCAACAAAUCUGGGUACCGAACUAAAGUAGCAGAUGAAGAUGCAGACGUAUUAAUAGUGCAGGCAUCUCUUUACGAACAUACAUAUGAACCUGACAAGACCGUUGUAAUAAUUUGUAAUGAUACCGAUAUAAUCAUAAUAUUGACGCAACUUCCUGCUCCGGACAAUAACAUAUAUUUUGAAAAAAAAAAGCGAAAAAGGACAAUCUAUCUAUCUAUUAUAGUUAUAAUAGGUUUAAACAUUCUCAUAUAAGAAAAUACGUUGGGUUCUUAUAUAUUUUUACUGGGUGUGAUACAACUUUUUAGAUCUGAUAAAUAUUUUUUAUGACGAGAAUGCUAACAAGGAGGACAUCAUGAAAAACGGAUAUAUCAUUGUUGCUUUUUAUUCUGCUGCAAUUGAUGUUACAUAUAAAAAAAACACAAUAACAUAUUGACAUUAAAUGAGUUACGAUUUUUACAAUUUAUAAGAAAUACAGGGAAAAACAUUUGCGUUUAUCAUCAAUUACAACACUGGUUAGGUAAAAAACUGGAUGCUACCCAUACCCAAUAUGGAUAGAAAAAAACUGAUAUGGAUUUUGAACCCAUUUACACCUUAGAUUGUUUGACUCCUGAAGUGAUAUUAAAACAAAUAACAUGUAAAUGUUCAACGGGUUGCAAAAGUACAAGAUGUGGCUGUAAAAAAUAUGGUAUAAACUGUACGGAUCUUUGUACAAACUGUGCAGUGGAAGAAGAGGAGAAAAAAUGUUGCAAUCGCGCUGCAGUGGUUCUUGACGAUGUCGAGUCAGACUUUGUAGACGAUGAACUAACUGUAACUUGCCGAGAAGUUUAUAAGUUGUAGAUGUUCACUAGAAUAAUCAAAUUAAAAUUCAUAAACAAUGUUUUAUUUUUUAUUUUUAUACUUAUUAGAUGCCUAUCUAGUCAAAUGUUAGUAGCUUCUUUCAAUUAAAUCAUAAUAAAACAAAAAUUAAUUUUUUAAAAACUAUUAAGGACUUUUAUAUACUUUUUAAUUAUUGCAAUUAAAAUAAAUAAUGUAUUGUACUAAUUUAUAAAUAUUUUAUACUAAUUAAUUGUAAAUUGUUUUAAAUUGGGAUUCCAUUCUAAAAAAUAAAACGAAGCUAUUCUCACCUUCACAUUCGUUGGCGAUGUUUCACGAGUACCAUCAGUUUAACGGGUCAUGACUUUUUAUUUUUUUCACUGCAUAUGCAAUAUAUGAAGUGAGUCAUAAAAUAUAGAUUUUCUUAAACAACUCAUUCAAUUUUCAGCUCUUAAUGUUUAUAAACAAGGCAAAAUUGAUUUAUUAAAUAAAUACUAACUUGAUUCCUAUUAGUCAUAUAAAAUUAUUUUUUUUAAUAUGUAUUUUUUCAUCAGCUUUUCAGUGAGCCUACAUGCAAGCGUGUGACAUAAAAACUGUCAAAGUUAUUCUAAUUGUUUAUAACCUAAAAAGUAGGGCCUUUUCAAACGGUUUUUUUAAUAACAAUUUUAAUAAAAUGUUAAAUUUUUUUAAUAUAUCUUAAAAAUAGAGUCUCGAAUAACUCAUCGCGAUUUGCUAAAUAUCUUUAGAGUCACUGUUAGGGCAAGAACAGUUGUAUAAACAAUUGCUCUCUUGGAUAAACAAAUUGAAUAACUUAUAAACUAUUUGGUCGAUCUGGUUGAAAUUUGGCACACUUAAAUAGCCCAUUAAAUAGUAUAAUUUAAAGUAGUUAAAUUAUAUAUA